GCAUGACCUUACAAUAUAGCUUAACUCUCUUUAAACAGGGUGUUGGAGAGAUAGAAGAAUUCGAAAUGAACUUUGAUUACUAAACUGUGAAUGUCACCAUUCAGUUUUGCAUUAGUUUUGGUAUAGCUGACAGAAAACUUAUCACAGUUCAGUUUUUAAUACUUUUAGGGGUAAAUUUAGACAGAACACUUUUGAAUUUGAAUUUAAAUCAAUACUUGUGUUAGUAACAACGAUGUACAAAUAUGAGGUAUAUCAGAUAUAGUUAGUCCCUAUAGUAUGCGAAUGUUUUGAGCACAAAUUUAUUUAUGUCUCGUAAAGUCUGUAUACAAGCAAUCACAAAGAUCGGUUACACUAUUCAGCAAAGAUACACUUAAUGGCCUAUAUGGUUGCAUUAAUACUGCAGAGGUUUGUUUUGCACAGUUACAUUUUCUGAAUUUAAUAAAACAAAAAAAGGUUUUCAUAAAAAUGGCACUUGUAAUUGCCACAUCUGCAUUGUUCGGAUCGCUGGAUUACAAUGAAUCACCAAAACUAAUUAAAUACCGGAAAAUCAUGAUACUUCUUGGUGUAUUUGAAAUGAGUUUCGGUUUUAUAAGCAUUCUCAUGGGAAUAUUGCAAGUGGCUUUGGUUGAACCAAGCAGUAGCAGCAUUAGUUCGAAAAAAUCCCCACAGUCAUAUGGUGAAGGGAUAUGGGCCGGGAUCUGGGUUUUGGUUGCGGGCGUACUUUGUAUCGCAGCUGCCAAAACAAAAACAAAGCUUUGGUUGAUACAAACACAUUUGGGGUUCGCGAUAGCAGGUGCUAUUUUUGCAGCCAUAGAAAUAGCAAUCGCAGCAGUGUUACUUUCUUUACCAAAGGUAUAAAUCCGUUUCCUGCCGUA